AAAGAAAGAAAAGUAUUUAAGUAGUAGAAAGGUGAGGGUAGGAGGGAAAGAGGAGAAGAAAAAAGCGGUUGUACACGUGAUGAAACAAAGCAGUAACUCCUUCUCCAUUACCAUUACCCCCUCCACGUUCCUUCAGAGCUGUCGCUAACUCCUCUUCCGUUUUGGCUCCACGCAAUUAUUCAUUUUCCCAACAAGACAACCACCCCCCACUCUCUCUGGUUUUCACCUUUUCUCCUCCAUUAUUUCACUUUCCUUCUCCAUUUUUAUAUAAACUCCAUUACCCUCUUCCAUUUUGAUGCUCUCUUUUUGAUUGCAUACACACCAUGGCAAACCCGCUUUGGAUUUUUCUACUUCUCUGUUUCUUCUCUGUGCCGUCCAUGGCUGCCGCACAGAAGAAGACUUAUAUCGUGCAUAUGGCUAAGUACCAAAUGCCCGAGAGUUUUGAGCACCAUUUGCACUGGUAUGAUUCGUCACUUAGAUCGGUGUCCGAUACCGCUGAGAUGAUCUAUGCUUACAACAACGUUGUUCAUGGGUUUUCAACCAGAUUGACGGCGGAGGAAGCUCAGCGGCUCGAGUCCCAACCUGGGAUUCUGGCUGUGGUGCCUGAGAUGAGAUAUGAGCUUCAUACCACUCGUACUCCGCAGUUUCUUGGACUCGACAAGAACGCAAAUCUAUACCCUGAAUCCAAUUCCGUGUCGGAGGUCAUCAUCGGAGUUUUGGAUACUGGGGUUUGGCCGGAGAGUAAGAGCUUCGAUGAUACUGGGCUUGGACCGGUACCGAGUAGUUGGAAAGGUGAGUGCGAAUCGGGUACUAAUUUCAGUGCGUCGAACUGUAACAGGAAGCUGAUUGGAGCCAGAUUUUUCUCUAAGGGCUAUGAGGCGACUCUCGGUCCGAUCGAUGAAUCGAAAGAAUCGAGAUCUCCGAGAGAUGACGAUGGCCAUGGAACCCAUACCGCUACCACCGCCGCCGGUUCUGUAGUUGAAAACGCUAGCCUAUUUGGGUAUGCCUCGGGCACCGCCCGUGGGAUGGCGGCACGUGCGAGGGUCGCCGCCUACAAGGUUUGCUGGGCCGGCGGAUGUUUCAGCUCCGAUAUCUUAGCUGCCAUUGAAAAGGCUGUGGAGGACAAUGUCAAUGUCCUUUCCAUGUCGCUUGGCGGUGGAAUAUCCGAUUAUUACAAAGACAGUGUUGCCACCGGAGCCUUUGCCGCCAUGGAGAAAGGCAUCCUCGUCUCUUGCUCUGCCGGAAAUGCCGGCCCCAGUCCUUACAGCUUGUCAAAUACGUCUCCAUGGAUUACAACCGUCGGCGCUGGAACAUUAGAUCGCGAUUUUCCGGCGUAUGUCAGUCUUGGCGACGCCAAGAACUUCUCCGGCGUUUCGCUCUAUCGAGGCAAGGCAUUGCCGGGAACGUUGUUGCCUUUUAUUUACGCUGCUAAUGCGAGUAACUCUGGUAAUGGCAAUUUGUGUAUGACGGGUACUUUGAUCCCUGAAAAAGUCGCUGGAAAGAUCGUGUUCUGCGACCGAGGUGUAAACCCUAGGGUUCAGAAAGGUGCGGUUGUCAAAGCCGCAGGUGGAAUCGGAAUGGUGCUGGCCAACACCGCCGCAAAUGGAGAAGAGUUGGUGGCCGACUCUCAUCUUCUGCCCGCCACGGCGGUCGGUCAGAAAUCCGGCGACAUUAUGCGGAAGUAUCUCAUUUCAGAGCCGAAUCCGACGGUGACGAUCUUAUUCGAGGGGACAAAAUUGGGGAUCGAACCAUCGCCGGUGGUGGCGGCGUUUAGCUCCCGAGGACCAAAUUCGAUCACUCCUCAGUUGCUGAAGCCCGACAUAAUAGCCCCUGGCGUCAACAUCUUAGCUGGAUGGUCAAAAUCAGUGGGACCAAGUGGUUUACCCAUUGAUGACAGACGAGUAGAUUUCAACAUUAUCUCUGGAACCUCCAUGUCCUGCCCCCAUGUGAGCGGUCUCGCCGCUCUGAUCAAGGGCGCUCAUCCCGAUUGGAGUCCGGCUGCGAUUCGAUCGGCGUUGAUGACAACAGCCUACACAGCCUACAGAAACGGCCAGAAGAUCCAAGAUAUCGCCACCGGAAAACCAUCCACCCCAUUCGAUCACGGAGCCGGACACGUCGAUCCAGUAUCAGCUCUUAAUCCAGGUCUUGUUUACGAUCUAACGGUGGACGAUUACCUGAACUUCCUCUGCGCACUCAACUACACUCCGUCGCAGAUCAACUCACUGGCAAGGAGAGAUUUCACUUGCGACUCCAAGAAGAAGUACAGUGUCAACGAUCUCAACUACCCUUCUUUCGCUGUCGUUUUCGACGGCGUAUUGGGCGGCGGAGGCAGUGGUUCCAGUGUAGUCAAGCACACCAGAACUCUUACAAACGUCGGCUCCCCAGGAACCUACAAAGUCUCAAUCUCGUCGGAGACUAAAUUAGUAAAAAUCUCUGUCGAGCCGGAAUCUUUGAGCUUCACGGGAGCCAAUGAGAAGAAGUCAUACACAGUCACAUUCACCACCGUGACUGGUUCGGCGGCGCCGCCGAGCGCAGAAGGGUUCGGUCGAAUUGAGUGGUCGGACGGGAAGCAGGUGGUGGGAAGUCCGAUUGCAUUUAGCUGGACGUAGAAAGAGGACAAUGAAGAAGAUGGGUCUUGUUGAAUUUCCAUGGCUGAUGGGCCCAGAAGAUGAGGUUCGAUCGAUCGGACCUGAAAAUCGAAAGUUAAUGUAAUAUUUGUCAAAUUUCCAGCGAGAAAUAGAGCUGGAUUUUAGUGUUUUGUUUUUUAACAUUUUGUUUCUACUCUACCAAAAAAAAGGAAAGGAAAAAUGAAAAAAACUGAUAAUAACAGGGAAUUGCCUUUGGUGCUUUGGUUUGA